AUUGGGUAAUUAUAAUAUCUUUUAUUUAAAAGAAAAAGAAAAGAGAUGUGACUAAUCAUCUGCAAAAAACAACUCGCCACCCUCUUCCUUCUCCCAAGUUUCGUAGCCUCCCCAGAUUUCUCUGGUUUUGUAAGUCUCUCUCUCUAGAAACACAGUCGUUCUUGUUCCAGGAAGUAUGUGUGGGAAUUGUAAAUUCUAAGAAUCUGAGUCACCUAAUAAUUGAUUUUUGCUUUCAAUUCAUAUACGUGAAAUUUUGUGAAAAAAACCCAUUGUUUUGGUGAUUUCUAUAUUGGGUAUUUGAAUCCCAAUUCUGGGGAUUUCUUGGAUUCUAUUUGGGUUCGUGAAAUUUUGGAGAAUUUUCCUUGUGUUUGAUUGAUUAUGUUGUUUUUGUUUAUGAUAUUGUGAUAAUCCAUGAAACCCAUGUUGGAAAGUUGAAAAUCUAUGAAACCCAUUUUGUAAUCUGAUUUUUGUUGCAUAGGAGGUCUGUGAAAUUGCUUGGAAGCUUCCUUGUGUUUUUUUUUGAAUCUUGCAAAACAAUUAGAUAAUGGGAUUCCUCUUUGAUCAAACUCGUGAAGCAGACUUAAAAUCUGGAGGGGCAAACAUUCUAAGUGCUGUUCUUCCAUUGUUGAAACUCCUCUGUCUCACUAUCAUAGGCCUAGUGCUUGCCCACCCAAAAACCCAAAUCAUCCCCAGAGCUACUUUCAAGCUUCUUAGCAAGCUUGUUUUUGCCCUAUUCUUGCCUUGCACAAUCUUUGUUCACCUUGGGGAAUCCAUUACUCUCAAGAAUUUUGCUCUCUGGUGGUUCAUCCCCGUAAAUGUACUUAUCAGUACUGCCAUUGGUUGUGUGUUGGGUUACUUGGUGGCAAGAAUAUGCCAGCCCCCUCCUGAAUUUGUUCGGUUCACUGUAAUUGUGACGGCUUUUGGAAACACGGGAAAUCUGCCCCUUGCUGUUGUUGGGUCAGUGUGUCAUAGUGCAGAUAACCCGUUUGGUCCAGAGUGCUAUAGGACCGGUGUGGCUUAUGUAUCUUUUGCCCAAUGGGUUGCUGCACUCCUUGUUUAUACCCUUGUGUACCAUAUGAUGGAACCUCCGUUACAGUAUUACGAGGUGGUUGAGGAAGGGGUUGAGAAUCGUGAGAUUGAAGAACAAUUGCCAGUUAAUAAUGAUCUCAGUAGGUCACUUCUUGUGGAAGCCGAGUGGCCUGGGAUGGAAGAAAAAGAAACCGAACAUUGCAAGACACCCUUUAUAGCAAGGAUCUUUACUAGCAUUUCACAAACUUCUAUUCCAGAUCCCGAUAUACUAGAAGACGGAGGAGGUACAAGGAGUCCCAGAUCCAUUAGGUGUUUGGCAGAGCCACGGAUGGUUAGAAGAAUUAGAAUCGUUGCCGAGCGAACACCAAUUCGACACAUCCUUCAACCUCCAACAAUUGCUACUCUCUUGGCCUUUAUCAUUGGGAUGGUUCCUCCACUCAAAGCUUUUGUUUAUGGUGAUGAUGCUCCACUUUCAUUUGUUUUGGACAGUUUAGAAAUCUUGGCUGGUGCAAUGGUCCCUGCAGUAAUGCUAAUCCUUGGAGGAAUGCUUGCCGAGGGUCCAAAUGAUUCUAAACUUGGAAUUAGGACUACGAUUGGCAUCAUUGUUGCAAGGCUUUUGGUACUUCCGUUGGCUGGAAUUGGGGUUGUUUGGUUUGCGGAUAGAAUGAAUAUUUUGAUCCCGGGAGACCAUAUGUACAGGUUUGUGCUUUUGUUGCAGUACACUACACCAAGCGCCAUCUUGAUUGGAGCAAUUGCUAGCUUGAGAGGUUAUGCUGUGAGCGAAGCUUCAGCGCUCCUCUUUUGGCAGCACGUAUUCGCACUGUUCUCUCUUUCAAUGUAUAUGAUUAUCUACUUCAACUUGCUGCUUUCUUAUGUCUGAGUGUACUAAACUGGGUAUCCAAGUCAUCGCAGUCACAGCAGCAACUUUGCACCAUGCCCAUAAUAGCUGUGGCCUAGCUUUAAGGCCAACAUCACUAAACUUGUCAUGACUCCUACACCACCGCCGCCGCCGCCAACAGUGAUGGUGGACUUGCUUUUCACUUUAGCAUCAUACACAGGGUGAAGACAUUAUUUCAAUACCAAAACGUGUGUGUGUGAUAAAAUUUGCUAUAAAAAAUGAAAGUAUUUGUUUCUUUGUUACAGUAAUUUUGUAAAGAGUAAUUAGACGGUUGCCUUUUUUUUUGUUGUUUCUUGACAGUACUUUCACGAAGAGUAUUUAGAUGGUGCAUUUGUGGGUAAUUUAAUUCAUAUGCUUUUAAGGAUCACAAAAUAUUUGCUUGUUUGCUUAUUGUUCUGUAUCACUCUUGAUGUAUUUUUUUCUUUUCUUUCCUGAUGCUUUCCUCUGGUGCAAUCUGAUGGAAAUAUUCCUUGCUAAAAUAACUCUGUAACUGAUCCUUCUUUCUUUUAUUUUUCUCCCCGUUUUUGCUUUGCCAGCUUUGAUUUGUAUCUGCAUUUCACUUCAUUUUGGAGUUCGGUCCUGCAGUUUUUUUGUUUAGUUUCAAAUCUCUUUUGUGAAAAAAAAAAAAAUCAAAAAAAUUAAAAACUAGUCUGGCGAAAUAAAAUGAAAAUUUCAAAAAAAAAAAAAAAAUCAUUUUCAUGUCAUUUUCAAAUUAGUUUGGUGUUUCUUUUGCCAAGCUAGUUUUAGAUCUAAAAAAAAAAAAAAAAA